AUGGGGAGAACUGCUUUUGCCCUGGUCCUCGCCCUUGCCCUGGCAGUGUGUGUUUCCCCCGUGGAGAGGAAGUGUCUUCUCUCCGGGUCGUGGCGGAGUGACACCGGCUGCCGGAUGGUUGUGUCCACCCUGGACAAGGACAACAGAUUCUCCGGUUUUUACCUGCCGGGACCUGCUGCUGGCCACGUGGAACUCCUCACCUCACCACUGGAGGGCUCCCAGCAAGACACAGGGCUGGUCCCACAGCCCACCUUCUACUUCACCGUGAACUGGCGGCUCCGAGACUCAGAGGCUGCCCGGACAACUGUCUUCCUGGGCCAGUGCUAUGUAGACACCAACAGGGAGGAGACCCUGCAUGCCCUGUGGCUCCUACGAGAGGUGGCUGACAGUCCUGAUGAGGACUGGAAAGCCACACGGAUUGGCACCAGCAUCUUCACACGGAUCAAAUAA